GUAUAUGCAAUUCUUUUUGAAGCUCAUCUCCCUUUCUUGGGAUGUAUCAGGUUGGUCUCGGCCUACACGUAGCGAGCCUACAAACACGUAUAUAGGGUCUGUUGCUAAAGUCGGCUUGCUCACAGUGAAGAACCCCAUCGAGGCGUAGCCCCUCUGCUGUGACCAUCGCAUUAGUGCCUCAUACGCGAGACCCGUUGACGUUUGAAGCACACUGCCCGUUUUCGAUAGAGACAUGAAGACGAUAGCAGCCUGCGUCGCCAUGCUUGUUGUUUUGGGAGUGCUUGUUGAGAUGAGUUGCGCCACAAUGACAACGGACCCGGAAUGCCACAGACUGCGAACCAAAGUGGAAAAAGUGCGCCCGUACUGCGUCUACCUCUGCCACAUGCCCGAAGGUUACAUCAAAAUGGGCAUGGAGCAAGACGGCACGCCCUGCAGGUUCUUCGUGCACGAAGGCGUGUGCCAGAACGGCCUGUGCCUCUUGGACAAACCCAGAAAGGAGCGCCCUGCGAAAGCCGACGGCGACAAGGAAGGCGGCACCGUGACGCCCAAGGCCGACGAGAGCAACGAGUGACCCACGCGAGAUGCGAACGUCGCAACGACACGCACGCUAUGGCACCAAACGACACCUUUACUAUCUUUUCG